AGGAGCGCUGCACAGGUCAUCUAGUUUAGAAGGCACGGAUGGUAAACAUAACAGGACCGUCUCUCUCUCAGUAGCUCAUUCUUUACUUUAUAAUAAUGUGUUUUACGCUUUCUAUUUAGCAUAAUGAGCAGGUGAGGUUUGAAUAAUAUAGAUUAUCUUCAUGAUAUCUACAUCAACAUGUCUCAAGAGGAGCUUUUCCUGGCAGGAGAGUUAAAGGGAGAUGUCCCGGAGAGACAGAGCAGAGGUCGCCGGCUCGGUGUGGUGGUCACCGGGCUGCUGGGAGGCUCUCUGGUCGCUCUCUACGCGGUGGCUGCUCCGUUCAUCGCUCCAGCUCUCAGGAAAGUCUGUCUGCCGUUUGUCCCCGCCACCACGGCUCAGGUGGACAAUGUCCUCACGGUGCUGAGAGCCAGGUCAGGGACCCUGGUGGACAUUGGGAGUGGAGAUGGAAGGAUAGUGAUAGCAGCAGCCAAGCGUGGGUUUCAAGCAUCGGGCUUUGAGCUGAACCCCUGGCUGGUGUGGUAUUCUCGAUACAAGGCCUUGAGAGAGGGAGUCCAUCGCUCCACCUCCUUCCACAUCUCUGACUUGUGGAAGGUCAGUUUUGCUCAGUACUCCAAUGUUGUCAUAUUUGGAGUUCCUCAAAUGAUGGACCAACUGGAGCUGAAGCUGGCAAGCGAGUUACCGAGCACAGCCAAGGUGGUGGCCUGCCGCUUUCCCUUCCCUACUUGGGUCCCCGAACACACCGCCGGGGAGGGCAUAGACACUGUGUGGGUGUACGAAGCCAAGACAUUUAAAUCACACCUGCGACAUGGAACGAGAAGGGACACAACACCAGAACACGAGGACACGCAUUCACACACAUAAAUCUCAAACACUCAGAUCUUGUUGUUAUGUUGUCUUUUUUUCUUAAUCUGUGCAAGACUGAUUUUCUUUUUUAAAAAAUGUGCUACAACGUGUUAAGUCCAAGUGUGAGAUUGAACAAAGUAGGAAUGAAAGUAGGAAUAAACUGUGUGACACUGGCCUGGGUGAGUGGUUACACUCAUGUUAAAGUCAAAUGGCCAAGGCCUAAUGAAAGAGGCUGGGUCACGCUUCAUCAACGCGUUAUAUCUUUGGGGUACAACACAUGCGCAUUAAAAUCUGAUCUGCACUCGCCGUCAGGCAUUUCAUGUUCGAUACAUGUGUGACGCUCAAAACCAGACCAGGGAUUAAAGGUCCCAUAUUGUAAAAAGU